AUGCAUUCCACUUCCUCCUUCGGAACGCCCAUGCGCUGGCGCAAGCGGCCUCAACGGCCUCCUGUUCCGUUCGUCGAGGAUGAAGCUGAUUCCUUAUCUCGGGAACUGGAUGGAUCAUCCCAUGUUGGAGAAUUACCGGGGUUUGAAGGUGCCAAAGCCAGAGGCACCGUCAACCAGUUUCCUCUACUCGAAGAUAUUGAGGUACCUAAUGUUUCCAAGCGCUGCUCUAAUGUUGAGGAGAAAGCUUCACACGGAUAUCGUUCGUCAGGUUUUCAUGCAAACCAAACCACCACGAUGGACGCCAAAGGACCAAAACAGAACCCAAUCCGCCGACCGGCAGGGGACACUCAGGGACCAGGAAAGCCAUCUCAACGGAAUCAACCCACGGCCCAGGAUGUACCCAUGAACCAACCUUCGAAUCCGGUUUCUGAACCUCAAACAAGCUUCCCUGGUAGGGGCCAGAAGCCCACUCGUCAUCCGGAGCCAGGUCCCCGGGCACCAAAUGACUUGCCUGCACCGAGACCUCCACCAAGGCCGACCCCAGGUGUGGUCCAGAAGAGCCAACCGGCUCCAGUCCGCAGCACUUCACUACAUCGGGGACCGGAACUGCGCAAAGCUGACUUACCGACGAGAUAUGCUCAGCCAGAGCCAGGUCGCAAUGCUGGUGUUAGAACGAGCUCUCCGGCGAAGCACGUGCCAGAUGUCACUGAAAGGAGCCACUCUGUCCCAUCGCGCGCACCCUCAUUGCGCCGCGCACAGGAGCAGCAGAAGUCCGUCUCGCCGACUAGAUUCGUUCAGCCGGAGCCAGUCCAGCCUAGUAUGAGGGCAAGCUCUCCAUCAAAGCGAAUGCCAGAUGUAGCACAGCAACCACAGGCUGUUCCAUCCCGCACUACUUCCGCGCGCCGAGGCAAUGAUGAGCGCGGGCCUACUUUGACUGCUAUAACUCCUCGGUCGGAGCCAAUCGGGGUUCCUAAGGUGCCAGCUGGUUCGUUGCCUCCGGCGGUACCAGCCGUAGUACAGACAUCCCAAGCCUUCCCACCCCGACCUGCCCCGGUGCCUCAGGAAAUCCAGAACAAGGCCCCGCAUAUUGUGCCUCAUCAGCCAGUGUCAGCUCGAGAGGCUAGCGCGCGAGGACCUGCACUUCCACCCAAACAGAUGCAUGACACGACACGCCAAACCCAGCCUACGGUGCCACGCCCUCUCCCGACUCCUCCGGAUGACGAACAGCGCAAACCCCGCCCGUCCUCAGCCUCCUAUAAGCCAGAGAUGGUUUUCCGGGACUCUGGCGUCAGAGUGGAAAAGAUUCUACCGCGGUCGUCGCCUGAUGUGCCACCAACAAUCCAACGCCCUCUUUCGGAGAACGUCCAAUACAAGUCGUUUGCAACUUCCAUUACACCGCCUCCUGAUACGCCACCGAUAACGACAGCCAUUCCUCUACAAAGCUUCCCUCUACGGUCCGUCCCGCUACAUCCUCUGCCGAAUCCCCCAGCGGAAGGACCGCGCAGCCGUCCAUCACCGAGCAUGAAAGAGUCGGCAAGCCUGAAGCAGACACCUGCUGUGCAGCCCUCGCCAAAUGAGCUGCGUUCCGGUACGUCUGGCUAUGUAUCUGAAUCGGCUGCCAAUCGUCAAGACUCUGUUCCUCGGCCGACGAACCGCAGCCCGCCUCUCCCAAUCGAAAGGGACUCGACUUCUUCACCUGGGUCAAGCGUUGCUGAUAGAUUAGAAGAAAAGCUGAAGCUCCGUCGUGAACAACGUGAAUUAGGGGACAACUUGCCAAACCUUGCCCUGAAAUCUCACGUUCAGCAGCCAAGAAUUUCGAGCUCUUCAGCUUCUCAGAGCCCGGAACGAAAGGCUCCUCCGGGCGCCUGGCCUUCAGAGUUGCACUCUGAAUCUUCUUCAAGCAGCCUAACCGAGUUUCCCGCACUCGAACAGUCACCUGAAGAGACAAAACCGCCAGCCAAGGCAGCACCUCUAAAGUCAGCACUGAGGUCUCAGUCUUUGGAUCGUGGUCAACAAUCAUCUGCAAAGAUAGCUCGCAGGCGGACCGUUGCCUUUGCCGAGAACCCAUUAGAGUAUCCUUCCAAGGCUCUAGUGAAAGUUGACCACGAAACGGCUCUCACCCAGGUGCCGUCUCACGAGGAUGGCUCCCCUAAUUCGAGCCGUUCUUCAUCCCCAAACACAGGUCUUACACUCUCGCCCUGCCCCAGGUCAGUCCCAGUUGCAGGGUACCAGGACUGGCACACAAUCGAAGGACUGAAUCAUCUCGACAUCUGCCCAUCUUGCAUCAAGCAGAUGCGCAAGACAAAGUUCCGCGACCGCCUCGUUGUAAGCGCCCCCAAACACCGCGACGAGCCGAUUAGUUGUGCCAUGAGCGAGCCCUGGACCCGUCUCGCCUGGAUGCAGACCCUCAAGAAGAAGUACGAAACCCUCGACCUCCUCCUUGAGAUCACCCGCCCCUCAAACACCCAAGGCACAAAGUCCUGCACCGGCCGCAUCAUCAACGAGCAAUACUGGUACCGCAUCAUCGACCCAGACACGGGCCUCUACCUGCCGCAAUUUAACAUCUGCUCCGCUUGCGUCCGCAACGUCCGCCUCCUCAUGCCCGCUCACCGCGACACCUUCCAACGCAGCCCAACCCCCCAAGAACGCGUCUGCGAUUUCGUUACCGAUAGCCCCCGCUUCAUCCGGUACAUCGACGCUCUGGACCUCGCAUCCAAUCGUGCUGAGCAGGAUGACGCCCCGCCUGACCUGAAGGAGUUCCUCGCCUACACCCGCCGCAAGGUCGUUCUGCGCGACUGCCGCCGCAGCCGCCUUAUCUUCAACACGUGGCACUACAUGCCGCAGCUUCCCGAGUUCACGGUCUGCGAAGACUGCUAUGAUGACAUAGUGUGGCCACUCGCCAAGGCAAGGCAUCCAAUUGCGAGGGAGUUCUCGUCUGUCAUGAGGCUUCUUCCUGGUGAUACGGGCUCAGGGUCUCGUGAGGCGAGCUGUCAGUUGUACUCGCCGCGCAUUCGGGCAAAGUUCAAUGAUGCUGUGCGGCGUGACGAUUUGCCAUUCAUCAAGUGGAUGGCCUUGACCAGGUAUGAUGCUGAGAGACAGUUCCGAGCCCGCCAGGAUGAGCUCUUGGAGGACCAGCGUCGGGGUUAUGAGUGCUCCAUGGAACUACGCAAGAAUCUGGAGGAUUGGAAACGAUAUGAGUGA